AUGGGGGAUACACCACCUCCUCCACCACCCAAAAUUGAGGUAAAUUCCCCGUUUUACCUUGGACCGCAAGAUCGGCCGGGUGAUUUUAUCACUUCUCAACGUUUGAAACUCGAUAAUUUCAAUGACUGGGCUCAUGCAAUCCGAAUUGCUCUGUCGUCUCGCCGCAAAUUUGGUUUCUUGGACGGCAGUAUUCCCACGUAUGUUCCUCCCUGUACGAAGGAUGACUGGAUUACUAUUCAAUGUAUGCUUGUUUCUUGGUUAAUGAAUACCAUUGACCCUGAGCAAAUUAAAUCUGAAAUUAAUGCUUGUGAACAACCGAAAAGUAUGUCGGUGGCUGUUUAUUUUAGUAAACUUUCUGUUUUGUGGGAUGAGCUCAAUAAACAUGAACCUUUGAUUGCUUGUAAAUGUGGUAAAUGCACUUGCAAUAUUGGCAAACAACAUGCGGAUAGGAGGGAUGCUGAUCGUCUUCAGCAGUUUUUGUUGGGGUUGUGCUCGGAGUAUUAUGCUCCACUUCGUUCCACCUUGUUAUCCCAAGAACCCCUUCCCACGUUGAACAGAGCAUUUCAGCAAAUUUCCCAAGAUGAGCGAGUUCGUGGUAUUUCUCGCGCUAAGGAAGAACCACCGUCGUCUUUGGUGCUUGGUUUUGCGGUUCGAGCAGGUGCUGGCCGUGGUCGUGGUGGGUCGGACAAACCACCGGUAUGUGACAGGUGCAAGAAAGUAGGACACGAAUCUAGUAGGUGUUGGGCCGAUAAAAUUUGCACUCACUGUAAGAAGAAGGGUCAUGAGGAAAAUAGGUGUUAUGAUCUUCAUGGCUGGCCUAAUGGGGUAGGACGUGGCAGAGGUCAGGUGCGGGCCAAUGCUACCUCAGCAAGUGUUCUUGGUUCGGGUCCGGGUUCGCUAAGUGCUUCCAAUUCUUCUUCUAAUCAAGUGUUUACUAGUGAGCAAUGGAAGGCAAUCACGGGAUUGAUGGGUAAUGCUACACUUUCCGAUAAUCGUUUGAGUGGUAAGUUUGAUGAUACCUCUUGGAUUAUUGACACAGGAGCUACGCAUCAUGUCACCGGAGAAAAACAUUGGAUUUUUGAUACAAAAAGUUUUGAAUGUCCCGUUGGUUUGCCUAAUGGAGACACGGUCUCAGCUUCCCUUAUUGGCUCUGUUUCUUUAUCGGACAAGAUUACUCUCACCGGAGUACUUUAUGUCCCUAAUUUGAGUUGUAAUUUGAUUUCUGUUUCGCAACUCAAUGAUGACCUUAAUUGUACUGUCCAAUUUAACUCUUAUAUUUGUGCUAUACAGGACCAAACGAAGGAGCUGAUUGGAACGGGAACUAGGAGGGACGGAUUGUACUACUUUAGCAAAACGGAUUUGGUACAUCAUGUGAGUGCUCUUGCUGCGAAUUCAGAGUUGGUGUUGUGGCAUCGUCUCAUGGGUCAUCCUUCCGAGAAAGUAGUUAAGUUACUUCCUACAGUUAGUAAUAAAGCAUGUUUAGAUAAAGGAUGUGAAGUAUGUAUGCGUGCUAAGCAUCCUAGAGAUAGUUUUCCUUUGAGUGACAAUAAAGCAUCUAGAAUUUUUGAAAAAAUUCAUUGUGAUUUGUGGGUUCCGUAUAGACAUGUUUCGUCAUGCGGUGCUCGUUAUUUUUUUACUAUAGUGGAUGAUUAUUCUAGAGUCGUUUGGAUUUAUUUAAUGAAUGAUAAAACGGAGGUUUUUCGUAUGUUUUUUAUGUUUGUUGCUAUGGUGGAAAGACAAUUUUCACAAACCAUAAAAAUUGUGCAAAGUGAUAAUGGUACGGAGUUUAAUUGCUUGCGUGAUUAUUUUGAUGCUACGGGUAUUAUUUUCCAAACCCCUUGUGUGGGUACACCGCAACAAAACGGGAGGGUAGAGCGAAAGCAUAAACAAAUUUUGUCAGUUGGGAGAGCUUUGAGAUUCCAGGCCAAAUUACCCAUUUAUUUUUGGGGAGAGUGUGUUCUAGCCGCGGCUCACCUUAUUAACCGCACUCCAACUCCGUUGCUCCAAAAUAAAACCCCAUUUGAAAUUCUCUUUGAUAAACCCCCUAUGUUUGAUGCUAUUCGUACUUUUGGUUGUUUAUGCUUUGCACAUAAUCAGAAAACUAAUGGGGAUAAGUUUGCAAGUAGGAGUCGGAAGUGUGUGUUUGUGGGCUAUCCUUUUGGGAAGAAAGGGUGGCGUUUGUAUGACCUUGAAGCUAAGGUGUUUUUUGUGUCUCGAGAUGUUAAGUUCAUUGAAGAUGUAUUCCCGUUUGCUACUCCAGAAGAUGUUAAUAUUGAGCCUCAUGUGUAUGAUUCGGGUUAUAAUGUUCAUGAUGAUUUUGUUGAAUUUGAGGAAGGUGAUGUUUUUGUGGUCAACGAUGUGUCAAACGACACACAAGAAUUGGGUGAACGAGCCCCUGCGAGUAGCCCUGCUGUUGCUGACCCGCAGGGGGGGGCUGCGGGUGUGGACACCUUGGCACAUCAGCCCAGCUCACGGGGGACAGACCACACCGCAGUCAGGCCACGGCCAGAAGGCACACACCGCAGCCUGGGUGCAGAGGCUACUGCUAGCAGCACCGAGGGUGUGCAGCAGCCAGGUUCCAGCCACGCCACUAGUGAUGUCGGGGCAGCAGCUCCCGAGCUCUUGGGGCGUGGUUUCAGAGAAAAAUUUUCGAAUGUACGCCAUCGGGAUUUUGUGACUCACUCCGUAUUUGCUAACAAUCCGUCUCCCUCUACUCCGUCCUCCAAUACUCCUUCAGGUACUCCUUAUCCUUUAGCACAUUAUAUAAAUUGUGACAAGUUUUCUGUGAAUUAUUGUAAGUUUCUAGCAGCUAUUGUUGGUGGUCAUGAUCCGAAGUCCUUUUAG